AUGCCUAGUGAGCGGAAAAUGAAGGCAAAGGAGUUGAAGCGGAGAAAUAUCGUGGAAGCAUUGAAGAGGAUGAACGAGUUUUUGGAAAAUUUUGAUCCUGUUCAGCAUCAACACGAAGUCCCCCUUCGUCUCGAACGUUUGGACAAGCUGAUCGAAACCUUCGAGAUGAUACAAUCGGAGUAUGAAGAAUUCGACGAUAGUGAAAAGUUUGUGACCGCUAACUUGGAAUGCAGAGCAGCCGUAGAAGAGCAGUACUUUCAUAUCAAAGCUGGUUUACUGUCGAAGAUGCCACAACCCGUUCCCGUUCCGAUUGCUCAAACAUCGACUGCUGAAAUCCAUCCCGGCCCAUCUGGUUUGGCUAAUGUGAAACUACCGACUAUCACGCUGCCAGAGUUUGAUGGAGAUUUCAACAAUUGGCUGACGUUUCACGACACUUUCGUCUCCAUGAUACAUUCAUCGACAGAGAUUUCCUGCGUGCAGAAAUUUCAUUAUCUUCGUGCAGCACUGAAGGGAGAAGCUGCAAACUUGAUCCAGUCGAUUACAAUCACUUCUGCUAAUUAUUCCGUAGCUUGGGACACACUCGUCAAACGCUACUCCAAUAGGUCUAUUCUUCGGAAAAAGCAUAUUCGUGCGCUGCUUAAAUACCCGAAAAUCCCCAACAAUUCCGUCGAUGCUCUGCACAAGAUAGUGGAUGAUUUCCAGCGUCAUACAAAGGUGUUACAGCAACUAGGUGAACCCGUCGAACAUUUCAGUUGUAUUUUGAUGGAGCUACUGGAAGACAAAUUGGACGAUGCUUCACUGCAUGCUUGGGAAGAAUCAGUCUCGUCAGAUGAACAACCCACAUACACCAAGAUGAUAGAAUUCCUCCAGAAAAUGACCCGUGUGCUGGAAACUAUUCUCAUUAACCGCCCGCAACAUGCCCAUCAAAAAUCUGCAAGCCACAGUUCCGGAAACAAGAAGCCGUUUCAAACUCGUGUGAAUUCAAAUGCCAUGACCGAAGCUUUGCAAAAACCGUUACCGUUAUGCCCUGCUUGUGAGAAAGAGAAGCAUUCAAUUUUGGAUUGUUCUGUAUUCAAUGGAUUCGAUGUUAAAGGACGCUUGAAGGUCGUAGCUGAUAAAGGACUUUGCACCGUGAAAGUGAGAAGUGGAGGCGUCAUUUUGUCGACCGUCGUUUUAUUGAUAGUCGAUGCAUAUGGUCAGGAGCAUAUUGCACGAGCACUGUUGGAUACUGGCUCACAACCGAAUGCCAUCAGUGAGCGCCUAUGUCAGCAACUGCACCUUCCUCGAAAAGUAGUCAACGUUUCCAUCACAGGUGUAGAUGGUACUAUUACCAAUUCGAAGUAUCAAGUCCGUGCUGAGGUCCGCUCCAGAGUAUCCCGCUUUAAGGAAGUGCUAGAUUUUCUUGUGUUGCGGAAGGUUACCAGUGAUACACCACCAUCUUCAUUCGUCGCCCCUAAGUGGGAAAUUCCCGAAAAUCUGCAGUUCGCUGAUCCCGAGUUUAACGUGUCUCGAAAGGUAUAUAUGAUCAUCGGAGCAGGUCACUUCUACACGUUCCUGCUUGAAGGCCGAUUCCGUUUAGCCAAUAAUACUCUGCUAGUCGAUACUGUGUUCGGUUGGCUAGUCACCGGGCAAUUUGUAACCAACGAAGACAACCGUCAACCCCCUGUAGCUUGUCAUGUGGCGACAGUUACUCCUGUCGAUGAGUUGCUAGAACGUUUUUGGGCCAUAGAGGAAGUCAGCACGUCCAACUAUCCUGUCACAGAACAGCAGUGUGAGAACCUUUUCAGUGAAAGUACUUCACGUGAUCCCGAAGGACGUUAUAUUGUGCAUCUACCAAAGGAGCCUAAUUUUCAGCAACUGCUUGGAACUUCGAAGGUGAACGCUCUACGACGAUUCAAGUGGUUGGAGAAAAGCCUGGAGAAAGACAACGACCUCAAGCAGCAAUACCACGAGUUCAUGGCAGAGUAUAUUGCAUUGGGCCAUAUGAAAGCCGUCCCCGAAGACGGUCUGGAUGGUCCGGACGCCUGCUACCUUCCUCACCAUCCCGUUGUAAAAACUUCAAGUUCAACCACAAAGGUGCGCGUCGUUUUCGAUGGUGGACCCGUCGUGCAAGAUCAGCUGCUCAGUAAUAUUCUGCGGUUCCGUAAAUUUCCGAUCGCCUUGGUGGCAGACAUCGAAAAAAUGUACCGCCAAGCUUCGAUGCAUCCCGAAGACCGUCGUCUACAACGAAUCUUCUGGAGAUUCAACAGCACGCAACCCGUAACCACCUAUGAACUGUCGACCGUUACCUACGGACUCGCGCCAUCCUCGUUUUUGGCGACAAGGGCAUUGCAACAGCUGGCAGAUGAUGAGGGCGCACCGUAUCCCAAUGCUUGCAAAGCAGUGAAAAAAUGUUUGUAUGUCGACGAUUUGAUCUGCGGCGAAUUCUCCGUCGAGCAAGCAAUCCAGCUUCGUAAUGAACUGAACGUUCUGUUAAAACUACAAGCAGCAAAAUUCGGUUUAGUAAAAUUGGUGCAAGCAGAAUCGUUUCCCGAAGAACUAAAAUCGCUGCAUCGGGAGGUAUGUGUGUCCACGAAAUCCCAACUUCGUCUACUCAACCCGUUCAUGGACACACAAGGAAUAAUUCGCGUUGGUGGCCGGCUACGGCUUUCCGACGAAUCCUAUGAUGUCAAGCAUCAAAUCGUCAUCCCUGGUUUCCAUCCUUUCACCAAGCUGCUCAUAAACUUUCACCAUCGCAAAAUAAUUCAUGGAGGCAUUGUCAUGACGCUAGCCGUCGUUCGUGAUGAAUUCUGGCCGCUCAAUGGACGAAAAGCAGAAGUAGCAGUUAAGGUGGCCAAAACGCAUCUGGUUCGCCAACUGGGCUGUUCAUCACUUUCGUAUGAGGAACUUACCACCGUACUAACAACUAUCGAAGGUUGUAUGAAUUCCCGCCCGCUCACACCGUUAUCAGAUGUCCCCAACGAUCUGUCAGCUCUUACUCCAGCGCACUUCCUCGUCAAGAACAUGAUCCGUCCGCUGCCAGAACCAGACAUCAGAAACGUACCGCAUAACCGCCUUAGCCAAUAUCAGCGUAUCCUAGCCUACUCGCAGCGAUUUUGGCAUAGAUGGAGGAACGAGUAUUUGAAGCAGCUUCAGUCGCAGUAUAAGACCAACCCCCACUUGUACAACCUGGACAUCGGCUCUGUAGUAAUCCUCAAAGACGAAUCGCUCCCGCCGGCGCGUUGGCCGUUAGCCCGCAUCGUAGAAAUUCAUCCUGGACUUGACGGCGUCACUCGCGUUGCAACUUUACGCACUUCAUCUGGCACGUUGAAGCGAUCUGUAUCCAAAAUUUGCCCGCUACCAUGUGCCAAGGAGAUUGAUGAAUUCAAUCUUAGAGCAGAAAUCAAGUCAGACGCAGCAGAAAACUAA